AUGGCAGUGUUCUCCAAACAACACGGGGAGGAAGAGGGUCUGCUUGGAGAGCAGUACCAACGGAAGCAAGGACAGCAAUCCCGAAAAUGGGUUGCAUUGACCGCCAUGUCGGUACUGGGUCUUUUUGCCCUGGCUGUGUACUUCGUGCCUGGAAUCCAGUGCAACACCCCCUCGCAUGCCAGCCAGUCUGAUCUACCUGCGGCUUCUACCUUUGACGACAAGUCAAAGAGAUCAUCGCAUCACGAACAUAACAAACGUGAAUGCAAUACUGUCGAGGACGGCUAUCAAUGCAACUCGGAGCUCACGCACAAGUGGGGCCAGUAUUCGCCCUAUUUCUCUGUUGCGGACGAAUCGCCCGUCUCAGAUGAGGCGGUACCUAAGGGUUGUGAGAUCACCUUUGCCCAAGUGAUCUCCCGUCACGGUGCUCGAUUCCCAUCGGCAAAAAAGAGCAAGUCUUAUGCUGCGCUCCUUGACAAGAUCCAUGCAGACGCAACUGCAUACAAUGGCAAGGCGAAAUUCCUCAGCUCAUACAAAUACACCUUGGGCAGUGACGAUUUGGUACCCUUUGGGGAGAGCCAGUUGCUGAACUCGGGCAUCAAGUUCUACAAGCGUUACGAGGCGUUGGCUAAGAAAGCUGUACCCUUCAUUCGCUCAGCUGAGUCAGGGCGGGUUAUCGCUUCGGGAGAGAAGUUUAUUGAGGGCUUUAAGCAGGCAAAGUUGCAGGACAAGCAUGCCGAUCACAAGCAACCAGGCCCCAAGAUCAGUGUUCUCAUCUCAGAAGAAGUUGGCGCCAACAACACUCUGAACCACAACAGCUGUCCUAAGUUCGAAGACGACGUACUGGGCGACGAGGUUGAAGAAAAAUACAUGGCAGUCUUUGUGCCGCCCAUUCAAGCCCGCCUUGAGGCUGAUCUCCCCGGUGUUAAACUCACUGAGGUUGAUGUAAUGAGUCUGAUGGACCUUUGUCCCUUUGAGACAGUAGCCCUGACUGAAGAUGCAUCUGAGCUAUCUCCAUUCUGUGACCUCUUCACUCAAGCCGAAUGGGACCAGUACGACUACCUCCAGUCCGUGAGCAAGUACUACGGUUAUGGCGCAGGCAACCCGCUCGGCCCAACCCAGGGCGUCGGUUUCGUAAAUGAGCUGAUCGCCAGACUCACUCAAACCCCAGUGGAGGACCACACAAGCACAAAUACCACGCUCGAUGCCCCCGGCGCUCCGACAUUCCCCCUCAACUACAACAUGUACGCAGACUUCUCGCAUGACAAUGGAAUGCUUCCGAUCUACUUUGCCAUGGGGCUGUACAAUGGCACCGCUCCUCUCCCGCUCGACCACAUCCAGACUCCCGAGGAAGCAGAUGGAUAUUCAUCCGCCAAGGCGGUUAGUUUCGGUGCUCGUGCUUAUAUAGAGAUGAUGAAAUGUGGCAAGGAACCCGAACCACUCGUGCGAGUCCUCAUUAAUGACCGCGUUGCUCCACUGCAUGGUUGCAAAGUGGAUAAACUUGGCCGCUGUCGCCGUGCUGAUUUCGUGAAGGGGCUCUCUUAUGCACGUGCUGGAGGUGACUGGCCCCAGUGUUACCUUUGA